AUGACAGAAGAUAAAACUAAGAAAAUUAAAAAACCAAAGAAAGGCCAGAACAUUGAUGAACAUGGUUGCAUUAUAGUACCCCCACCAAAGACAGUAGGAAACAAAGAUCAUUUCCAAAGAUUGAAUUACCUUUAUCAAUUAGGAAUGUUCAAUACAUUAAAUAAUGAAUCUCCUAUUAGUACAUUAUUAGCGAAAAAAUAUGUACAUAACCUAGAUAUAAUUAGUAAGAAGACUAAGAGUAACAUGUUACCAAAUACUAAGAGGACGAUAUGCAAAAGAUGUAAACGCAUCUUAAUUCCAUCGAAGACAUGUAAAUACGAAAUGGAGAAUAAGCCAAACAAACGCAAAAAUAUUAACCCAAAAAAUGAAAAAUUCAUAAUAACUUGCAAAUGUGGGAAAAUAAAAAGAUUUACAAUUGGACUUGAUAGGAAUUACAAAAAUUUUUACGAGAAGGAAGGAACUCUAUCAAACGUAACUGGAAAAAAGGAUAUACCGAAGUCUAAAUAG